CGGCCACUAUCCGACAUUCGAGAGCUGAGCGAACCCAGCCUCAUGGACAACUUCAUUCGAAAUGCCGCUCGACACCAGAGAAGUGCUUCGAAGACCAGCUCAGUGAAGCGCAAAGGCUCGAUCAAGUGGGAGGCUGUCAAGCGCGAGGAGCCGUUCAAGACAAGCUGUGCGGAAACAGGGCCUCUUCUGAAGGUCAUGCAACCUCCAAAAGACGCAUCAUCGGAGUACAGUAGCACGCCUGAGCAACCGAGCUUCUUCAGUAUCCCGCAGUCAAGCGUGCCACGACGCUCUUCUUCGUUUCAGCGGCAGGCAAGAUCACAUACCAGGAAUCCGUCGAUGCGUAGUCAGCCAUCAUCAAAUCUAGCACCACCCAUCAGACAGGGAUUCUCCAUCCCAAACCGAGGCACUAGUCAAUCACCGGUGAAGGAAGCACGGCUCAGGCUGGAUCCUGUUUCGUCUGACGCGGCGAGAAGGGUCCCUUCACGUACCCAUAUUCGAAUACCACAUCCAACGGAGAUACUGGAGUAUCCUUCAUACAAACAUCCUCGACUCAAGCUCGAAUUGCAGCUCUCUGCUCCGUUGUUUGUCGGGGGAGGAAGCGUCGAAGGCUAUGUUAAGGUGACCGUUGACGAUAAUGAGCGUGCACGAAAUAGACGGUCUUUAAGCAUCGGAGCCAUAUCUGUGGACUUGCUUGGCUUCGAGCAAGCUGACAGCUGCCGGAGGGCUACGUUUCUGGCGCUGGGCACUGAGCUGAUCGACGCGGAUCAUCCUCCACCUUCCUGCAUGGUGCAGUCUCCGAGUCCUUUCUUUGCAGACGAAAGAUUUUGGUCACUGAUGCCAUCAUGCUCAGCACUCCCAUUCAUGAUCAGCCUGCCUCUUGAUACUGGUCCUCCACCAUUUCAAUCCAAGCAUGCCAGCAUACGAUUCAUGCUCUCUAUUACUGCGUUGGUCCGCGAUUCUGGAAAGCAUUAUCGAGUUCGAACAUCUCAAGAUGUGCACGUGCUGCCGACAUACGACCCCGAGAAGGCUCUCACAUCCCUUCAAAGUCCGCUGACUGCCUCGGAUGAACUGCGGAUGGCUCGUGCUGCUGGUCAAGAGACUUUGAAGGUGACGGCCGGUCUCCAUCGGCAAGUAUGGGUCAGCGGUAGCAGCAUCUUUGUGGACGUACAUAUUCUGAACCAGUUACGGUACUUCCUCAAUGUGAUCGCUGCGACGGCAAACUCCAAGGCCGUUUCUGUACAGCUGCCAAUCAUCUUGAUUCAUAUGAAUUCGCUCGACGUUAUGCCCAAUUCGGUUGCUCAAGUCGCCGCGGCGAUUGAGGAAAAACGUGCGCACCGGCGACUCAACCACUCUCGGAGGCAACCGUCAUAUGCGCAAGGGCGGGCAUUCGCAGCGCCACGCCAGCAGUCUUUGGACAGACAGAGAGAGCAGAGGGCGGAUAUGGACGAGCUUCGCGGGAUGAUCGACUCUUCUCCUAGAAAGCAUGCA